AUGCCAUUCAUGUCCUAUGACAAGGAGCUGGGAAAUUCACAUCUUCUUACCAGAAAUCAACUCGCGGCGCACCUUCGCCGAUACGUGGAGACAUUCAAUCUCAAUAUGAUCAACUCAACAGAGGUCCAGUCUACACAAUAUGACGUUUUGAAACAAAGAUGGAAGGUCACAUUCCAGACUCAAACUGGUAUACACACGGCCGUCUCAAAACAGCUUGUAUUGGCAACUGGCAUUGGCUCGCAGAAGCCAAAGAUUCCAAAUCUAGGAGACAGCCAUUUGUAUCAGGGUAUUAGCAUUCAUUCUACACAAUAUAAGAAUGCUCAGCAGCUCAAGGAGAGCGGGGCCAAAUCUGUUCUGAUCGUUGGUUCAGCAAAUACCGGUUUUGACGUACUCGAGGACUGCUAUGCUGCUGGACUUGAAUCUACAAUGGUCGUCCGGUCGCCGACAUACAUGGUCCCAGAGGAUUAUAUUUCCCAUCCAAUGGGCCUUGGUCUAUACAAUAACGGCGUUGAAGCAGCUGACAAGAGGUUCAUGGUGCUGCCUAUCCAUAUAGAUGGCCAUUUAGUUAGAAGCCUAUUCGCAAUGUUUGCGUCAAAGGAGCCAGAGCGCUACGCGGCUCUGAAUGCCGCUGGAUUUCCCGCUCUUGACUGCAGGGACAAGAGCCAGUGUCUGUUGCAUAACACAAUUGAGCGGUCCGGGGGUCACUAUAUCGAUGUGGGUGGGACCAAGCUAAUUGCAGAAGGCAAAGUCGGCGUCAAGGCUAGAACUGAGCCUACAGCGUACACGGCCACCGGAUUACGCUUUGCUGACGGUACUACCAUCGAUGCAGAUGCCAUUGUCUGGUGCACUGGUUUUGCCGAUUCCAACGUGCGUCAAAAUGCUACCCAAAUUCUGGGAGGCAAGUCUAUGAAUGAUAGUAGUGCCAACGGAGAAACGAAAUCGUUGAUUGGCGCCCGUGACAUUGCGGAACGUAUGGAUGGAACAUGGGGCAUCGAUGCAGAAGGGGAGGUUCGUGGCAUGUGGAAACGUCAUCAAAAUCUCGACAACUUCUGGGUUACGGGUGGCCAUACACAAUUUCAGCGAUGGCACUCGCGCACACUAGUCCUUCAAAUCAAGGCAGCUCUGGCUGGGAUCCUACCUCCGGCCUAUCGAGAUACGCCGAAACCACGGACGGGUUAA